ACUAUCGAAUUUUCGGUGUGUGUCCAUUUCCUGCAGCUCCCAGGACGUAGGAUUAAAAUUGAGCCGAAAACCCAUGAAAAGCAGUGCAAAUCGAUGGCCAAAUACGUGGGGAGCAGAGUGAAAAGCAAAAUCAAUGUGUAGACAGCAGGAAAGAUGGUCGAAUAAGAGUUUUUCGCUGUGCCAAAAACGCGAGUGUGUCACCCAUUUUUUGUGCUUCAUUUUUUUUUCUUCCUGCGUGCCAGACAAAGAAAGUUAUGAAAGUUGUGCAACUUUAACGGGACAAACGUCGAACAACGAAUAACGGCUAAGGGAAACUAGAUAAUUUACCGCUGCAUAAUGAGAGGCGUAGUGUUAGCUGCAUCCCUGUCCCACCCCUUACAACGCCUUAAAGUAGGCAAAGUGGAAGUAAACACGCACACAAAUGCCACCGUUGGAAAAUCGAUAAUCCGUGACGUGUGUGAGUGAGACGAGUGCCGGUGUGUUCUAUCGACCGACUGGCACAAUAACAACAACAACAAACUGGCUGGAAGGAGUGCGCCGGUGCGAGCGAGACAGCAGAGGCGAACAGCAGGACAAGUGUAAACAAAGCACAAAAAGCUGCAAAAGAUAAAACAACGAAGCAGAUGAUAAAUUGCAAAUUAAAAAUAUAAAUAAAAUAUAAUCAUAUAACCUCCACAUAAGGCACAAUCAUUAUUCGCAACAUUAUACGCGGCCAAAGGAAUUACUACACGAAUGCCAAUCAGCUUUUUCUGAGCAAAAUGCAGACGCUGCGCAAGAAAACGAGUCCUUGUAAAUAUCGCAAUGAUCCGGGACGCUUUUUCGGCGAUGGCGUUCAGUUCAAGGCAAAGCUCAUCGGCAUUCUGGAGGUGGGCGAGGCCCGCGGCGAUCGGAUGUGCCAGGAGGCGCUGCAGGACCUCAAGAUGGCCAUCCGGGCGGCGGGGGAGCACAAGCAGCGGAUCACCAUCCAUGUGACCAUCGACGGGCUGCGCCUGCGGGAUGAGAAGACGGGCGACUCGCUGUACCACCAUCCGGUGCACAAGAUCUCCUUCAUUGCGCAGGACAUGACGGACUCGAGGGCCUUUGGCUAUAUCUUCGGAUCGCCGGACAGUGGCCAUCGGUUCUUUGGCAUCAAGACGGACAAGGCGGCCAGCCAGGUGGUGCUGGCCAUGCGCGAUCUCUUCCAGGUGGUCUUCGAGCUGAAGAAGAAGGAGAUCGAGAUGGCGCGCCAGCAGAUCCAGGGCAAAUCCCUGCACGACCACGCCAGCCAGCUGGCCUCCCUGUCGUCGCUGAAGUCCGCCGGCCUGGGCGGCAUGGGUCUGGGCCAUUCGGACUUGGCCAGCGGAGGCCUCUCCUCCAGCCAUGCCCUCACCCUGCUGGGCAGUAGUCUAGGCGCCUCGAACGGAACGAGCAGGUUGGGCGUGAAUCUGGAUGUGGCCAAGGCAUCGGGGUCGGCGGCCAAAGAGAUCUCUCCCGAAUCCGUGGCUGAUCUGGUGGACCUGGAGCAGGAGCUUACCUCCCUGCAGCGGGGAAUCAGCCAGAUGGAACGGAUAACGCCCAAUGAACCCACAACACUGACAUCCAGCGGAGGCGCUGGCAGUGGUGGUGCUGGCCAUCCCUCCCUGGCCAAGUCCGCCAGCGAGGAUGAUCCCUUCGGUGACUCGUUUAUCUAUGUGCCCUCCUACAGCAUCCUGCCACCGCCACCAGAUUCGGGACGCAACAGGCACAAACCGCAGCCCAACAAAACGCCCGAAACGGUGGCCAGUUUGGAUGCCAUGCUCUCGCCGCCUCCUGGUGCCAGUAGCUCGCAGUCUCCGGCCACAGCGGGAUUCCAGGCCGCGGAUAACGACGAUGACAACUGGCUGCAGGAACUGGACCAGCAGAACGAUGUCUUCGAUACCACCAAAGUGGUGGGCAGCAGUGGUCUUGGUUCGGUUUUGGCCAUGGCUCCAUUGGCUUCGAGUGAAUCCACAGCCACGCCCACGCAGCAGCUCACGGAAGGGGCUACAGGAUCAGGACCUCUGGCUGAUUUGGACAUCGGUUUGUGCUCGACCACUGGAAACGAGGAGCUAGCCUCGGCCAUCUUGUCUUUGGAUGCGUUCACGGAUCUGGAUCCGCUGGGCACGGGACGCACCAGGCCGUAUGUCGAUAAGAAAUACUUCUUCCAAGAGCUAAAGAAUCCGCCCAAGAAGCUGCUCAAGGAGCUCAGCUCCGGCAGCCAGGCGGGUCUUGGCCUGGGUCUCUCCCUGGGCCAGCCGGAUGGCCUCUUUCCGGAGGAUAGCACCAUCAUCUCCACAACCACCACAGCUACUAACAUCACCGCAGGAAAUCCGCUCCAGAACUCGGCUAACACACUAACCACCACCACCGCUAGCACCGCCGCCAGUCUGGGCCAGCUCUUGUCCUCGAUUGCCCCCAGUCCAGAUCCCCUGCCCCUGCCCCUGCCCGUCACCAUAACCACAUCCACAUCCAUCUCCCACUCGAUCACCCCGAGCGCUGAGCUGAAACUGUUGCUUGGCCAUGUCACUAAUCCGCCUAAUCCCACCGGCCACUAUUAUACCACAGAACCGCCCACGCUGUCCUCGCUGGAGGAUCCCCAUCCGCCGGCGGACCCCGUACUGCUGCCCAGGGAUACGGAUCCGUUCUCGCCCACGCGAAAGAAGAGCGAUCCCGAUCCGUUUCAAGAGGGCGAUCUCUUUGCCAAACUGGAUGCCUUCGAGUUCGAGGCUCCGCCGGCGGUCCCAGCUCCCUCGAUCCCAAAUUUGCUGCCGGAAUCCAAGGCGAAUGUAUUCAACGGACCACUUCAGGUGCAAUUGCCACCGGAGAAGGAGUUGCAGCUCCAACAGCCGCCGAGUAUGGUGAGGAAUCGUCCCACGGCUUCCGUGUCCGCCCUGCCGACUGGUGGUGGAGCCCUGGAUGUUAUCUCCAGCAUAAGCAACAAGAAGAUGCCCCAUCUCUUUGGCCAGUCCAGAUCAUUUGGCAAAUCAGGCUCGGAUAUCGGUUCCAGUGUCAAUAUGCGACGAUUGCAGGAGAGCGAUUCGCUGAGUGAAACAGAGGCGGCUCCCGAGCCACCGCCACGUCCAGACUCGACUCCGUACUCGGAACCGCCGCCCCUGCCGCCCAAGAAGCAGUUCAGCGACCUGGUCAUCCGACCGUCACCUGCAAAUCCCACACCCCCGCCAACAGCUGGGAGGUAUGAGUACUUGAACAGCAGUGUCACAGCGAGGAGGACCAUGUCAUCCGUUGACGCGCCACCCAUUCCAUUGCCAUCGCGUCGGGUGGGUCGCUCUGAUGGCUGCUUUCCGGGUCCGGGAAGGCCACGGAAACCAGGACACACCGAGGAUGACUACCUGGCGCCGCUGGGGGCUCCACCGCCACUGCUGCCGCCCCCCAGCCAGGGAUCUUCGGCUCGAGCGAGACCACAGCGGCAGACUUCGCUGGGCAGGCCGCAGGAUAUCUACGAAAACAAGGCGGAGAUUCUGCAGGCCCAAGCUCAGGCGCAGGCUCAAGCGCAGGAAGCAGCAUCCACUACCCUAGCUCCCGACAUCACCCUAACCCAACUGCUCACCCUGGGCAUGGAUGACCUGGCUGUUAAACUAAACGUUCCGGCCAGCAAGCUGAGCACCAUGACUCUGGUUCAGUUGACCGCCUAUCUCUCCGAGUAUUUGUCCAGCGAGAAGAGUCAGGUUCACAGUCAGGAGAGGAGAUCUUCGCCAGCCAAUCCAGCUCCGGCGCCAGCAUCCACAGCGGCCGUGUUCAAGGUGAACUUCGAUCAGCAGACCUCCUUUGUGGCCAAGUUCGACGACACCUUCGGCGAGGAUGAGCUGGUGAUGCCUUCGAGCACCAUGGAUUCCACCUUUGUGGCCAACUUUGCCAACUUCAAUGAGGCUCCCACCCCGGUGCCCAUGUCAGCAGUAUCGCCAGUGGUUGCCACAGUGCCAUCAGCCGAUCGGUAUGCUGUUUUUCGCGAGAUCAUUGAUCAGGAGCUGCAACAGCAACAGCAGGAAACGGAUCUUAUGGGCGACUUGACUCCUCCGCCAGUAGACGAGACGCAGGCCAAGGAAAUCCCAGAGGGCUUGGAGCUGAACAAUGCGGGUGCAGAGCUGCCAAUUGAUGCCUUGGAGGUCAAGCCAGCGCCCAAGAUCGACACCAAGAUCACCGAGGUGGUGGCCCAGGCCAAGGACCGUUAUGCAGCCCUAAGAGACAUUAUCCUGGUGGAGAAUCUCUUUGAUAAACCAGCGAUUGCCACCGCCACGCAGCCGGAGAAGGAAAAGGAUCUGCUGCAGGACUUUCCCGAGUUCAGCGAUGAGUUUAACGAAGACCAUGAUCUCCGUCAGAUAAUGGAUCAUCAGGACGUGCCAACGCAUUCCAGGGAUCGCCAUGGUUUGGUCGACAGCAGGGGCUUCCCAACCGAGCCAUCGUCUUCCGCUUUGACGGUGGGCGAUGAUGACGAGGACGAGGAUGCCGAUGCUGGUGGAGAGAGCAGUCUGGACAGCAAUGAAAAGGACGCGGAACCUGUCAGCGGCCAGGAUCAGUACGAAAAGCUUUCUACUUCCACACAGCAACUAGAUGCAGCUCCUCCGGUUCUGGAGGAUGUGCAGCAGCAAUCGCUGCCGCCCAAGCAGGAUCAGAAAUUCCUCUCCGUUCUCACAGCACCCGGUGGUGGAACCAAAGAUGACAUCGAAAUCGAUGAGCUCAUGCACCGUGCCAUUUCGAAUCUCUCCCUGGACUCAAGGGAUCGCAUUUCGCCGGCCACUUCGUCGGCAGCACCAUCCAGAGGAGCUCCUGGCUUGCACACGCCCUCGCAGUUCAAUGAUGUCAGCACCUCGCCCAUUCCUCUUCAGAAACCAGUCAUGGGCCCAUCGCCGGUGCCCUCACAGUUGUCGGCUGUGUCCCAACUCAUUGAUACGGCCACCAAACAGAUGAUGGGCGACAAGGAGCGAGAGAAGCAAUCCUGGGCCACCUUCGAUUCCCCGAAGGCGAAGGGCAAGGCUAGGUUGACGCUGCCGCCGCCGCCACCUCCUGCCUCCAACACUUCGCAGCCGGAUACAGUGGAAUCGCCCUGCAGUUCGGAUCCACGGGAUGAUGGCUGGUCCAAGCAGCAGCGGCGCUGGGCGAAAAAGGAGCGACAUCAGACAUCUUCAUCCUCACGAGAUUUAAGUCCCUGGGACGACGAGACGCCCGAGUAUCUGAAACGCCGACAGUUGGCCGCCGCCCAAAUGGCUCAUCCUCACCAGCCACAGAUGCCACCACAGCCUCAGCACACAGAUCGGCAUGGCUACUAUAUGCGGCACGCCAGGAGGAUGAACUCUUGCGACGAGGAUUACGACUACGAUGCGGAGUUCAUGGCUCGCCGGGAUCAGCAGCAGCAGCAACAGCAGCAGCGGAAGUUCAAACACGGUCUCUCCCGUAGUCGGGAUAAUUUCGAUCUGGAAUCCCCCAGCUGGUACCAUCACCCGGCGCAUCACACCUGGUCGCCGCAGGAGAUCGAACAGGCACGAGCCCGAUCCUUUGAGCGUGCAGCCUACGAGCGAUCCAGCUAUGGGCCACCACCGCCCAUCUACGAUAAGCGUGGCCAACUGAGGAGCAAGUAUCGCGGCGAUCACAGGGAUAGGGAUCGAGAUCGCGAGAGGGAAUACCGGGACUACGCUCGUCCUAGCUACGACUUCGACUAUGAGAAUGUCUACGAGGAGCGCGGAGGUCGCUCGCCCAUGGCCUACAAGCCAGGAAGAGGAGGUGGUGACUACCUGUACGACAGAGAGAGGGACAGAGAUCGGGAGCGCGAACGUAAAUCCUUCGACCGGGAGAGUCUGGAAUCUUACGAGAGUGCCACGCGGCGUCGUCGUAGUUUCGGCAGUGGAAACGAUGUCUAUGGCAGCCUGGACAGUCGCGAUGAUUACCGUGGCGAAAGGGAGCGCGACCGUGAACGUGAUCGCGAGCAGAUGAAGACACGUUCGCUAAGGAAACCCACAACCACAUCGGGAAAGCUGAGGAUCAGUGGUGACAUUGACUACGAGCAAGACUCGGAGCAGGACUUCCAGCAGAGAGCGGGUGUGCGCAGUCUGCAGCGUCCCAGUCAGCUAGGAGGCGAUGUGGUGCUGCCCUCCAAUGCGGUGGUGGGUCCACAGCGAUUGCGCAAGAGCAGCGGCUCCAGUCCUUGGGAUGGCGAGGAGCCCGCCCUGCCUGGCCAGAAAUCCUGGAAGCGUCCAGCCAGCGCUGCGGAUACCGAGAGACGUCUGGCGGAGAGUCGACGGGCGGCAGCUUUGGGUCAAACUCCCUCGGAUGGCGAAAAAGAACGAAGAUUCCGAAAGAAGACCCGUGCCCGCAGUGCCAAGGAUUUAGUCACAGUAGGUGCUCCCAGUGCGGGCACAUCUGCCCCGUCCAGAUCAGGCUAUGGGCGUGGCCUCCGGGAUAACUACGACUACAUGUGUCCAGGCCAGCGUAACAACGAGGACGACGAUGAUGAUGAGGACUAUGUGGAUGAUGAACCGCCAACAGAUGAGGAUAAAUUCGAGAGAUUGAACCGCCGGCGCCAUGAGAUGCACCAGCGCAUGUUGGAGUCCGAGCGUCGGCAGAUGGAGCGCCAUCAGCCUCCAUCGCUGGCCAAGCUUCCUGGCCAGAAUCGCACCCGCGGCGUGGUGGUAAACAGUGAUUAUGGCUUUGUAGACAGUUAUGAGCAGACUCCAACGCCCACGCCACGUUCGAAUGCCAGCAGCACUGGACCCGGUGGCCUGAUGAUGAGUGGCGGUGAAUCCUCUGCUGGCGUGACCAGUUCCAAGUUUAAUUUCGACGAUGGAUUCGAGUCUGACUUCAAUCAGAGCUCACCGCCGCCGGCGCCAGCAGGAACCGCCUCCAGUUGCAAUUCUACGCCCGCGGGUCCAGUUUCCGCGAAUGCCAACAACGGCGGGUCGAAGAGCCUGUUCCGCUUCUCCAAUGAUUUCUCGGAUCGCGAGAAACGGGAGCAGUUCGAGUUGGACACACCACCGACCUCAACGCCACCAAUUACCCAGAAACUGCGGUUCGAUGAUAAUGUUAAGGUCUCCCAGUUCGAUGAUGCUGCCUUUGAGGAUGACUUCGCCAAGGCAUCAUUUGACUUUGAAAAGGAACAAGCGGGACCUGGACCGCAAGGAGCUGGAGGAUCGGGUGCCAUGAGCAGGAAGCAGAAUAUGCGAACCAGCAAGCUGCAGCAGCGUCAGGAGCUGAUCAAGAAAUCCGAGUCGGUGAACAUAUUUGCCAAAAAGCAGGAGGAUCCCUUCGAGGACGACGAGUUCUUCAAAUCACCGGAACAGGAGCAGGCGACGGAUCAGCUCAACGACGAGGCGGAGACCGGCAAGUUCCAGUGGAGCGAGGACGCGAACUUUGCCAAGUUCGAUGAAAACAUGUGAUUUGACCAACUCUUUGCCAAGGCAUCGGGGCAGCGACCGGAGCCGGACAUCGAUGGACACAAUUAUGCGGAGAUCGAUGUGGUCAACGACACGGACUUCUCCUUCCUGACCAAUCUCAAUCAUUACUACCAGCAACAGCGAUUGCAGAGCCUGCGACAGAGCUUGAACCGCCCAGUGUACAGCAAUCUGCCGGCAGUGCAGCAGUCUCAGGAGCUGGCGAAUCAACUGCCGAUGACCAAAUCCAUCUCCACAUCCACAAGUCCCUGGCACGAGCCGAAGGCCAAGGCCAAGCCGCUGCAGCAGCUGCUAAGGAAACCGAAGAAGUGGAAGCUCAAGCGCACGCUAGAUGACUUUCUCAAGUGUCUGAUCAUUGCCUCCUCGGAGCAUGUGUACGAUUACGAUGUGCU